AUGUCGAAUAGAACGCUUUUAGAUGAAUUGUCUGAUUUUCCAUCGACUUCGAGUGAAGGAUUUGGAAGUGGAGAAGAUGAAAAUGAUAGAUUUCCAGUGCCAGUAGAUCCAUUUGUUGAUGUUCAAAAUAUAACAGAAGGAAGAGAAGGAACUUUUUGGGAAGAUUUUGAUUCGGAAAAUGGAACUAGUAUUUUGCCAGAGUGGAGAGUUGUUAAAGAGUUUUUAGGUGAGUAUUUAUUUAACGAGAUUAACUGUUUUGAGAGUUUGGGUUUCCUCUUUGUUUUAAAGUUUUCAAAAACGAUUAUGAAUUCCAAGUCAUGAAACAUCUAAAAUUUUUAAGCCGCUUUUUCAAUAAUAUUUUUUUUAUUUACUUGAAGUUUCCACGUCGUAAUCAAGUUUUCAGAAAUAAACGAAUGGUUAAUUUAUGCCGCGUUGGCUUUUGUGAUAUUCAUCAUUGUGACUGUGAUAACAAUUAUUGUUUGUUGGAUUUACAAACAUAAAAAGUAAGUUUUUCACUCCAACUCCCACAAUCCAACAUAGUCAAUUUCAGAACUCUAAUCAACUCACAAUCAGAUCCAAUUCUAAAUUCCACCUAUGAUCAAGGAUUCAGCUUCCGAUGUUGUUGCUGUUGUCGAACUGCAGAAAAAGAACAAAAAAUAGAAAACCGUCAAAAUUCCGCCAGCAAUCUAGAAGCCUAUGGUAGAAGGGAACCUUUGCCAGAUACAGCUUAUCGUAAUCCUCAAGAUGUCAUGAAAGGUAAUUUUGUUAGAUCAAAAAUAGAAUAAGCCAGAAACUAGAAAUCUGUAAUUAUGUUUUACAUAUGUCAAGUUAUCUCAAGCAAAUAUUGCGAAAUUUUUUUGAUGCCUCUGAACUUUUGCGAGAAUUUUCCCUGAUCAAAAACGAAGAGCGAUGAAAAUUAUAUGUGUAUUCAUAAUUUGAAAAGCUGUUAUCAGAGUGAUCUCUGUCAUUAUCCCAAGAAAAAAAUCAAAAUGAUCAAAAACCUAGUGAUCUAUGGAAUAAAUUAGUCACUGAACUGAUGUGAUCUUGUUUUAUCAAUCUGAUCUUUUGUUCUUUUUUUAGCAACUUCAACUCCAAAAUCAACAACUUCGCCGAAAAUGUUGAAUGAAACUAUUGAUGAUCGAAGUCUUGGAGUUUAUAUUAAUGGUAGGUUUGGGAAAUUGUAGAUGUAAGGGUUCGGAGAAACCAAAGUUUUGAGAAUAAAACAUCGAAAACGUCAUCACUGAUGUUACAAAUUUUUCAUAGAUUCCUCAGAGAAAUGUGCCGAAAAACUGAGAAAUUUUCUGAACUCGAAGCUAUACCAUUUUGAAAGGCUGAGAGUUUUAAUAAAGCAAGAUAAAAGAAUUCAAGAAGUUUUUGAAAUUUGAUGCUUAUCUCAAAUACAGGGUGACCCAAAAAAAACGUUACAAGGUUUUUUCGAAAUUAUUACUCGAAAUGUUCUGAAAUUUUGUAUACACGAUUUCGAGCUAACUACUUACCCCAAGAUACACACUGAAAAAAAUUUGUUUCAUUAUACCUUGUGUUUCACGUGAAUUACACGUGAAACAAAACUGUGAAAAAAAGGCCUUGACGCCGCAACUCGUGAAAAUACAACGUGGUUGAACUUUCACAGCUAACAUUUAUUCAUGAGUCAAUUGGGGUAAGCAUAUCGCUCUCAGGCUUUGUAGAGAAACUCUCUGGGAUCAUUUUGAGUACUUGACUUCCUAUCCAAAAAUGGUUUCAACAUGAAUUAGAACUCAUUUUGUGUAUUGGGUCAAAAUUUUUCACUUUUUCUGAAAAGAGAACUCCGAUGGCUGAAAUAUGGGAUUAUGAUUAUGUUUAUCUUGCUAAAGCAGUGUGACUAGGUUGUAUUUACCCUGUGAAAAUCAGUUUGGGGUUAUAUAACUAAUAUUUCUCAAAUUGGGUUCGAUAAUGUUAAAAAUUGAGAAAAAAAAUAUUUUUUCGAAUUUUUUUCAACUUACAUCUGUCACUUCUCUGAGACUAUGAAGUUAUUCCAUAGCUUAUUUGCACUGUAAAUUAUCAAGCUAUAUGGUUUCGCUAAAAUUUAAAAAAAAAUUGAGGUAGUUUGGUUCACUUCCACAGACACUGUAGGGUCCAGAAUCGAAAAAGAGCUGCGGCGCCAAGGCCUUUUUUUCACAGUUUUGUUUCACAUGUAAUUCACGUGAAACACAAGGUAUAAUGAAACAAAUUUUUUCAGUGUGUAUUUUGGGGUAAGUAGUUAGCUCGAAAUCGUGUAUACAAAAUUUCAGAACAUUUCGAGUAAUAAUUUCGAAAAAACCUUGUAACGUUUUUUUUGGGUCACCCUGUAGAUCCUGAAUUUUCAUGCCUUUAGUUUCUUUUGCAGCCAUCAAAGAUGUUCCAUCUCGAGUCAUUCCUCAAUCUGAGUUCCGCGAACUUCCACCGCUUCGUCUUCCUCGAACAAAUGUUUAUCAAUCAUAUCAAUCCUAA